AUGAAGCUGCAUUUAGUUCUUUUAUGCCUAGGCCUCUCUCAUGUAUGGGCCGGCGAUGACCAAAACAACGGCCGCGCAUUGAUUGGCCGCGAUACGAACACGAAAUCAACCAAAAAGCAAAAGCCGAUAAUUAUAGCUUUCAAACCAGCAAUAGGAGUCGAAAAGGUGGGUGUCCUCGGGGUUACGUGCGGAUUUCGCCAUUACUCGCCAACUCAAAUCGAAGAAUCUAAAAAUAAAGCAGUAGAUGAGUUUAAGAGGCUGAAUCAAUUUCAUAUACGCUCUCUCAAAUUGAAGGGGCAACGAUACCGAGCCCCAGUAUUUUGGAGAUUUUUUAGGGAAAGAAUCUUCAUGUAUCCGCUGCGCGAAACAAAGGUCAAGGCUCCUGAAAAGACUCAACAAAUGGAUUUUCUAUUCCUAAAUAGAAAAUACCAGAUGUUCGCCAUUUACACGCGCACCCUCACCCCAGUCAAAGACAAGCCAAAGAAGGUGACUGUGACCUACUCAUUAUGUUGGGAUGGUCGUAAACUUCCGGUUACCAAAAAGAACGAUGAAAAGAAAAGGAAGGGAAAGGCCUAG